AUAUUGGCUUCGGGGAAGCUCCUGUGUGCAGUUUCUCUGUUUUGUUUUUUUUUCCAGCGGAUUUAAAGUGACAAGAAGCGGCUGCGAGUUGGCGGAGGCGACGCAGAGCUAUCGCGGUUAUCGGUUGAAUGGCGUGAACGGCUUUUUUUUUUUUCUCCCUUUUCCCUCUUCAACCUACGUAGCUCAUUAUAUUUUUGGAUCUUACCCAGCGAAGAGUUGUUGUUUUUCACCCCGAAAAAAAGUGGACGCUCCCGGCUGUGUUUGUGUGUGUUUGUCGGUGGUGGUGGAGGGGUGGGGGGGAUAAAAACAAGACAAAAAAUGUCCGAUGUUCGACUUUCCAGCGGGAGCCCGACGUUGGAGCGGAGCGAGCCGCGCUUGUCGGGGCACCCGAAGCCGUCAGCCUGCCGCAACCUCUUCGGCUCGGUGGACCACGACGAGCUCCGGCGGGAUUUAAAGGGACACCUGCGGGAGUUGGAAGAGGCCGCCGCCGCUAAGUGGAGCUUCGAUUUCGCCUCGGACGGCCCGCUGGAAAACAACGCCGGGUUCCGCUGGCAGCUGGUGGACUGUUGCGACGUGCCGGACUUUUAUACGCGGCCGCCGAGGCGGGGGGCUUCGGGGAAUAACCGUGUGGAUGUAAACGGAAACCACCGCUGUGUCGUCGGGGAGCCAGAGGAGGAGCGAGCCGGUGGGCCGACGUCGUGCCCGGAGCAGUGCACCGCGUUGAGGAAGAGACCUGCCUGUCACGAGCCCUCAACCCAAAGUAAGAGGUCGCACAGCAGCCCGGCUGAGUUUCCCAACCGGAGCCGUGCCGCCGAACACACGCCCAGAAAGCGCAGCGGAAGCCCGGGGAGACAAACGUGAGACCGACGAACUGAAGAAGCAUUUUUCUCGGCGUACGUUUGGGGGGAAACCCUCCAGUGUUGGUCAACUUUUUUUUUUUUUUUUUUUUCUCGUUUUGGAAGAAGAGGAAGUACACGCAUCAUGAGAAACAUAUCAGCUCUCCUCAAGGACGCUGUUGAAGCACUGAAUAAGAAAAACACUAUAAAAAAAAAAGCAAGUUGUGGCACUCAAAAGAUUUUUUUGUUUUUGUUUGCGUAAAGUUACUGCCUCUGAAAAAGCAGUCGAUGUAGCAGUGUGCAAUUAGGUUUGAUUUUUGUUUAUUUGCUCCUUUUUGUACUACCUGUGUGUAUAUAAAUUAUAUUUUUUUUCUCCAUAUGUAGCACAUAAAACAACAUUGUGAUUUGAAAACAAAUCCUUUAUACUUAUAUAUUAUAUAUUAAAAACAAAACAAGGUGUGAAUUUUGAUUUGACUUGAAGAAUUGCAGUGUAGUUUGAUUCCAAAAUGCUGUUUUAUUAUUUACUGAAAGGCAGUCUUGACUUUGAAAAAAAUAAAUACAAAAUUAAUAAUAAAUACAAAUAUAUACAGUAUAUGUAUUUAGCUUAAGUCUCUCGACAGUGUAUCUUCACUCGGUCAUCUUCCAAACUGGUCAGUGAAGAGCGGUACAAAUGUAGCGACUAUUUUAUGUUCCCCUCGCAGGAUUGCAAAAAAAUUUAUUUUAUUCUAUUUAAAUGGCCCUAAUAUUUGUGAUGGAGGAUUUUUUUUUUUUCUUUUCUUGGAGUUUGAUUGUUUUCCAUUUGUGUUCCUUGCACACCUCAGCCUUUUUUACAAGCGCUGCGAUGGAGUUGCGAGGUACUUUUUGAAGAGAAAAAAAAAACGGUGCGAAAGGUCGCAGGUCGCGUGUAAAGUCCUCCUCUUCAAGUUGCCCGCCAUAAUUAACCCGGUUUGAAUGUUCUUACAAGACCAAACUGAUGGCCGCCAAGUGCUUCUUUUGACUUCACAUAGUUUGACUUUGUGAUAACUUUGAACUAAAUCCACAUUUAUAUAUCUGUUUGUGUUUAGCCUGCUGAGGAUGCUGCUGUUGGCGUCUAAAAGCUUUUUUUUUUUUUUUUGAGCCUAAUGUUCUGACCCAGUGUCAAACUGGACCAGAUGGAGAAACAUCAUCAGCUCGUCUCAGAAAUGCAGUCACUAUUGCCUGUGUACUUUUUUGUAAAUAUUUGGUUUGUACAUUCUUUUGUAAAAAAAAAAAGUAAAAAAAAAAAAAAAAAAGUAAAAAAAAAAAAACACUGAGAAAUUAUACUAACUUAUUUAUGUCGAGCUUUUUUGUAGAAUAUAAAAAAACAAAUGGUUAUUUUUAAUUCACGUUUAUCCAAAGUGGCAUUUACUUUAUUGUAAUUCCAUUUUUUUAAAGCAUUUUGUUUUUUUUUUGUUUUUUUUAUAUAUAUAUAUCUAUAUCAACAAGGUUGCAAACUGAGCCCAAUAAAAUAUUUGAUGUGGAUUUUUUUAUUUUUUUUGUGUAAUGUGUGGUUAUAAAAUGUUGCAAUCAAUUAAAAAGAUACAAUUGAAUCUAAAUAUACUUGUGGCUUAUUUAUUUUUAAUAUACGUGUGUGUGUUUAUUAAAAAUAAGUAUAUUCAGAUUCAAUUUUAUCUUGUGUGUUUAUGCCCUGCGAUUGGCUGGCGACCGGUUCAGGGUGUACCCCGCCUUGACUGGGAUAGGCUCCCGCACGCCCGCGACCCUUGUGAGGAUAAAGCGGUACAGAAAAUGGAUGGAUGAAUGGGUGGGUGUGUGUGUUUAGUUAAAGGUUUGCCUUUUUUUUUUUCUGGAAAAAUACAAGAAGUAUGCAAGUGAAUUCCAUCCCAGUGUACACGUACGAGCAAGCUGAUGAUUGACAGGCGGCUUGUCCAAUCAAAAGGUGAGGAGAAAGCAGCCCAAUCUCUUCAGCCAGUUACAUUGUGUAAUUUAUCACAGGAAAAUGGCUUUCCUGGAGAGAAAAAAAAAGAGCCAACAACACAAAAGCAGAGGUUAAAUAGUGAAAGCACAAACACAUAAUUAAAAAAUAUGUUCUUGUUUUUUUCCCCCUUAAAGUGUUUUUGAGCAAACGGAUUUUCUGUGGGUGUUUUAGUGUGGCAAGUGACAAGCUGAGCGGGAGGGAAACGCCCUCUUUUGUGGUUAGUGCACUUAGGAUUUGCACAAUGAGCUUAAUGUCUUCUCAAAAUGGAUCUUAGUUCACGUACAGUAGGGGUAAAUCCCUUUUUUAUUUGGCAUGACA